AAGCCGCCGCGGAGUCACUUCCUUCUGGGUGGAUGAGGAGGAGCCCGAGCUGCCGCGGAGGAGCCCGAGUGGAGACGGACGGCGCCGGAGAGGAGGGCAAAAAUGAAAGCAGGCUGUAGCAUCGUGGAAAAGCCAGAAGGAGGUGGAGGGUAUCAGUUCCCGGAUUGGGCCUACAAAGCCGAGUCGUCGCCAGGCUCCCGGCAGAUCCAGCUGUGGCACUUCAUCCUGGAACUGCUGCAGAAGGAAGAGUUCCGCCAUGUCAUCGCCUGGCAGCAGGGAGAGUACGGGGAGUUUGUCAUCAAGGAUCCAGAUGAAGUGGCUCGCCUCUGGGGCCGCAGGAAGUGCAAACCACAGAUGAACUACGACAAGCUGAGCCGGGCCCUCAGAUACUAUUACAACAAGAGGAUCCUUCAUAAGACAAAAGGGAAAAGGUUUACUUACAAGUUCAACUUCAGCAAGCUGGUGAUGCCCAACUACCCUUUCAUCAACAUCCGCUCAAGUGGUGUGGUUCCUCAGAGUGCACCACCAGUGCCCACAGCCUCUUCCCGGUUCCAUUUCCCACCUCUAGACACCCAUUCUCCUACUGGUGACGUGCAGCCAGGGCGCUUCUCUGCUAGCUCCCUGAGUGCUUCUUGCCCCGAGUCAGGUGGGGCCGCUGAUAGAAAGGUGGAGCCUUCGGACCUGGAAGAUGGCUCGGCCUCUGAUUGGCACCGGGGCAUGGAUUUCAUGCCCUCUCGAAAUGCUCUCAGUGGAGGAGUGAUUGGCCACCAGAAACGCAAGCCUGACAUAAUGCUUCCCCUCUUUACUCGGCCAGCAAUGUACCCUGACCCCCACAGUCCCUUCGCUCUCUCUCCAGUCCCUAGCCGAGGAGGUGUCCUUAAUGUCCCCAUUUCACCAGCCCUGUCCCUGACUCCCACUAUGUUCUCCUAUAGUCCCUCGCCAGGCCUGAGCCCCUUCACCAGCAGCAGUUGCUUCUCCUUCAACCCAGAGGAAAUGAAACACUACCUUCAUUCUCAAGCCUGUUCUGUGUUCAACUAUCACCUGAGUCCUCGGACUUUUCCCCGUUACCCAGGGCUCAUGGUCCCACCACUGCAGUGCCAAAUGCAUCCUGAGGAGUCUUCCCAGUUCUCUAUCAAGCUGCAGCCCCCACCAGCUGGAAGGAAGAACCGUGAGAGGGUAGAGAGCAGUGAGGAGACCACUCGUGGCUCUGUGCCCGCCAGCACUCCUAUUCCCUCUCGGAUUAAGGUAGAACCAGCCACUGAGAAGGAUCCUGACAGCCUCAGGCAGUCAACCCAAGAAAAGGAGGAACAGGCCCAGGAAGUGGACACUGUGCAGACCAGGACCAUAGAAGAGGGGAAAGGCACAGUGUUUGCCCACCCGUCACCCACCUGGCCCUCUGUAUCCAUUAGCAUCCCCAGUGACGAACCCCUAGAGGUGACUGAAGACAGUGAGGACAGGUCUGCCAGGGAGCCCGGUAUACCUGAGAAGAAAGAAGACGCCCUGAUGCCCCCUAAGCUUCGGCUGAAGAGGCGGUGGAACGAUGAUCCUGAAGCCCGGGAGCUCAGCAAAUCGGGCAAGUUCCUCUGGAAUGGGGCAGGACCCCAGGGCCUGGCUACAGCAGCCACUGCUGCCGCUGAUGCUUAAAGCCACAGUGGAAGGGAAGCUGUUGAUACUACAAUCAGAAUACAUAUUUAUGUAGCAAGAUUCUGGGGUGGGAGGUGGGGUAAGGCUGGUUUGGUAAUUCUGGGGCGUGGACUUGUACUUUUCUGUUGGGGAUGGGACGAGUAUCUUGAGUUGUAUAUUAAGUGGGGUAUGAACACACUUUUUUCUUGGUACGUAGGACAUAGGGAGGCUGUUGAACUUUAUGGGCAGGAGCCCAGUUCCUGUUCCCUCAUGCACCUGACAAGCUCCACAAGGGCCCACAUACUUUGUAGUCAGUCCCAUCACAGUUCAGGCUCUGUAGUCUCUUCUAUUGUAUUUAUACAAUACAUAAUGGGAAAGCCCAUAAUGGGAUACUCUUCUUUGAGAGAGAAGAGAGAAAAGGAAAAGGCCGGAAGGCUAGGUGGUGAGAAAAAUGCUAAGCAUGUUACCCUAGUAUUUACUUCAGGAGAGAAAAGAGUCAAUUGCAGUCUUACUGAAGUGGGGACAUUUAGAUGGUGUUCUCUACUCUCCUCUCUCCCCUUCUCCCUCACUGGAGAGAGAGAGUGUGUGUGUGUGUGUACACAUGUGUGUGUACACGUACGUGCUCACACACAGGCGUGCACGAGCACACACACACACAUACAUAAACACACACAUACACACACUCUCUCAUGCAUGCACUCUCUCUUUUUCUCUCCCUGGGGGGAGGGUGACACAUGCACAUUUGGCUCCCCCCACACCUUUUUAGAAAAUGUUUUCAAGACACAUGAGUGUCCUGCCAUUUAAAAUGGGCAGGGAGGGCACAGGAGACCCCCACCCCCUGGCCCCUCAGCUUCAGAGUUGAGGUGGGAAGGCAGCAUGGCUGCAAGGUCCUUGGACUUUCACCUUCUUCACCUAUCAAAAAGCCAUGAGGAGUUGAAAACUCUUGAUCAGGGAAGAAAGAAGAGGGCAGGAGGAAGUAACCCAAUGCCUUUAAAAACAAAUGACAGAAAUAGUCUUCAUUUUUCUUUUUCCAUUGUUGGUUUGGUUUCCCAAACCAAGUGUGACUGAGCACGUUUUAUGAGGAGCAGGAUAGCGCCAUUGAAGAUGCUUUUCUGUUGUGUCUGGUUGUCUUACUGUUUUCUUAAGUCAAGCCUUAACUAUGAACAUGCUUAAGAUGAUACGGGUCUGACAGCAUAAACCUGUGAAGGGCAUGGCACUGUUCAGAUAGCCCAGGAAUGUUGAGGCACAGUUGAAUUCCUAGCUAAUAGUUAUCCCCUCCGAUGUUGCUGGUCCGGUGGUAAAAGGGCAGGAUUGUGGGAACGAAAGGCAGAUAUCACCUGUAAACACAAGUACUGCUGUUGAAACUGAAGAGAGGUAGGAAGGUGGUACCAGAGGCCAUAAGGUCUGGUGUGAGGGAAAGAGCUGGUAUCUGGCCUGUGAUGUGUUGCCGGCCCUGCGGUCCCCAUUUGUCCAGAUUGUUCUGAUCGGUUGACUAUUCCCAAAAUACAGUUCACCAACAGGAGUCGUUUCUUCUUGGGAAAUUCCCUUACAGCAACUUCAAAGGAAUGGAAAGAUACUGAUCUUAGGUGAAACAAAACAGAAGCAUUAGGGUAGAGAGAAAGUGGCAAUUGCAGCCAAGUUCCUCUGUGCACAUGUGUGCUCUGAGUAGCUCAAAGCAGCAAGAAGAAAUGGUUCCAUAUCUGCUGAGGCAAGGGAUGGCAUUCAGGCAUCAGAGUGAUAACUCUACCACCUGAGCCUGGCUAGGAAUUCUACACCAAGUGACAUUUGAGUGUUGUCUUUUGAUGGCUUGUUUGGGUUUGAUUUAGUUUGGUUUUAUUUUCUUUAACUGAAGUGCGUGCACAGAAGGAGCUCAGGAGACAGAACUGGUGAAAGAGAUGUUAGCUGACUUGGACGACUUGAGGCUGUCAUUGCUCUUUCUUGACGAAUGUCCUGUAAGUUGGUCCAGAUUCCAUGCAUGUGUGAAAGGCCAGGAAAGGUCUCUGGUGACCCAGGCUUUGGUUGGGCCACGAAGGCUUCAGCACUCCUGCUGCCUUUGGUGGUUGUGUUCUGAUCAGCUUCCUUCUCUGCACCUUGAUGGACCUCAGAAUCAGAAGGCAAGCCCAGCAGGUAGAGGAGGGCUCUCUGGUUGGUAUUGCCCAUCCAACCAGGGAUGCCAGCUGGCCACCGGUUGUCUGCUAGUGGGGACAGCCAGCGAGCAUCAGUGUGAACUCAGGAAUAGAAACAUGGGGCCUUUAAAAUGAGAGGAGGAAAAUCCAUGAUGCAUACCUGUAAUCCCCUAGAACCCAAGUGCCGGAAUUCAUUCUAGAUGCUGCUUCCAUUUGAAUAAAGCCACUGCUUUUACACUUGAAAUUGAACUCCAUGAAAAAUGCUUUUGGACUUUUAUGAAACUAUUUGCUGUUUGUUUCCUUUGAUUGCCAUUCCACCAGUAAUUUCUUGGUUGAUUGGAACUGCACACAGUUGGAGUUUGGACCUGGGGAAGGGUCUGUCUGCAGAGCAGAACUUGGGCUUGCUCAGGAAGUGGACCAGGAAAUGUAGUGAUCACUGAUACUUCCUGGGGCAAAGGAAUGAGAAUGCUCUUCUCUCCGCAGCCCCAUCCUGGCAGUUCCUGCCUCCAGCCUGGUAUGAAACAAGGCAGUUGCCUUCUGUGAGCACUCCAUUGUCCAGCAGACAGGUGAAGGGGACUAAAGCUGGACCUACUUCCUCUCCCUGGGUUGUUUUUCCCCCUCUAAAUUUUGUUGUGCCAAAUGUAUAAAAGUUUGUAGGUGUAAAUCUAUUGAAAUUUCACUAAUCAAGAGCUUGUUUAUUUAAACAGUUUGCUUUUUUAGCUGUAAAGAGUAGCAAACUCUCAGGGCAUCAGCACUGCUGAGCUCUUUUUUUUUUCUGAAGUAAAUAGAGACAUGUAGAGUCUUCCCUCCAUGUCAGGCUGCACUUCGUUAGCCCCAGCUCAGUAAUGCAGGGAACCCUAGUGACCCAUAGGCCAAGAAACUCCCAGAAGCAUUAAAAAAAAGUUAUAUUCCGCUGCCAAGUGGAUAGUCAUUUAGCUGUUUGUCCCUUGUUUUUUAUUUAUUCCAUAAUUAUGUUUGUGCUUUUUCUUGUGUGAACAGUAGUGAGGCGUAUGUUUUUAUGUGGCUUUAGAGAAAACUUCAGUCUUCAAAGAACUGUUCUAAUUAGUUCCUUCUCGGAAAAAGUUAUGCGUUAAUUUGUUUCAAAAUAUUUAGGCAUUCUUUGAAUUAUAAACUUGUGAUGCAGGGAUUUGUGAACGAGACGUUCACAUGUGAAGAUGACUUCACUUAGCAUCUGUGUAAACAGAAUAAGAUGUGUAUAUGUACAUAAAAUAUAAGGAGUCUGAACACCAUUGUGCAGUGCCUUUUAGAUGUUCUGCUUUCUAAAGUCUUCAAAUUUUUUGCAUAUAUAUUAUAUAUAUGAUGUAAUGUUAUAGAAAUAUAUGUAUAAUAUACAUAUUUUUUCCAGGGGUAUCUGAUAGCUCUGUAUUUUGUUAUGGAAGUCGAAAGAAAAAAAAGUAUUUUACCUCAAAAAAUUAAAGUUAAAUUUAAAAACAAAG